AUGAAAGUCGGUGAGAUACUCGAGUGUCAUUGUUCUCCACCUGCAUGCGGAGUAGUAUAUUUACCCGCAAUCCUGGGAGCACUCGACGGUUCCUCUCAGAGUGUUCUCCCUGACGAAAUCAAAUGCAUCAAGCAAGACGUCUCAAAUCAACUCAGUCCAUCUCCAACACGACCACCGCUACCUACUCAUACAACAGCGACAAGAACUCCCCCUACUCGACCACCCGCAACGUGGUUCCCACCCCCACAACCACAACCACAGCCGUUCCCGUUCCCCACAUGGGUACCAACAGUUCGUACUCCAGCUACACUACCGUGGAAACCGCCGACCUUUCCUGUUACACCGUGGAAACCAUCAACACGUCCUCCACUUACAACACCGUCGAGACCACCAGUACGUCCUUCACUUCCAAUACCGUCGAUACCACCAGUGCGUCCUCCACCUACAACACCCUCGAGACCACCACUAACUACUCGGUCCACAUUAUCGACUCAGUCAUCGCAACCUAUUCCAACAUCAGUAUCUACCGAAUCUACUGGUAAGGUGUAUUAUGCCUACUUUUAUUUUUAG